ACAGCUACAAGCAUCAGCAAUCCCUACCGCGUAGCAGCAACAAAUAACAGCGAAAUGGAAGCAAUUGAAACUAAGCAUCUCACGUGUGUAGGACCAACUCACCUGACGGAGUGGACAUGCAAGUCCAGUUGCUGCACGGCUGGUUUUAGUAGCUCAAGAAGUCCCUCCGCAAUGACAUCUUUCCCCGAAGGCGUUUCGACAACUGCAAGCGCUGCCAUCUUUCCUCCCUCUCCGUAACGUCACCGAUCAACUUUCUACAGGGAGAUCUCGCGACACGUGACGUAGUCAUACGUAAAGUCGCUCCAUUUUCCCCCCAGUGCGGAUUUGAUGGUCGCCAUUUUAUCAUAGAGGGGCACUAAAGCGAGGCGGCUGUAGUGUUAGCUGACUAGCUAGCGUAUAUCUGAAGUAAAUAUCGUUUAGCGAAGAAGUGUCUCUAAUUAGGGUGAAGAAGGUGUGGUAGCCGUCUUGCUACUCGAAAAAGUUCAUAACAACGUUGUUCAAUUCAAACUUGACUGAAAGCAUAAGCUAGAAUAGCUCAAUAGCGUCGGUUAGCCAAGGAAUCCUUAUUCAUUCCAUCUGCUUAGCUACGCACUCGCCUUUGAUAAUUGUUCCAACGUUUUUCUACAAGAACCUGUCCGUUGUUCAUUGAAGGCAGUGAAAAUGAGCGCCCCCUCGUCACAAAAAGUCGUGCUGAAAAGCACCACCAAGGUGUCGCUGAACGAGCGCUUCACUAACAUGCUGAAGAACAAACAGCCCACGCCGGUCAGCGUCAGGGCCACCAUGCAACAGCAGCACAUGGCCAGCGCCCGCAACCGCCGCCUGGCCCAGCAGAUGGAGAACCGGCCCUCCGUGCAGGCAGCCCUGCACCACAAGCAGAGCCUGAAGCAGCGGCUGGGGAAGAGCAACAUCCAGGCCAGGCUGGGCCGGCCCAUGGGCGCCCUGAUGCGGGGGGGGCCGGGAGCGCGCGGGUACGCCGCCGGCGGUCUGCGCGGGAUGCCGAGAGGGGGACUCCGAGGCCGCGGGGGACGUGGAGCAGCGUUUAGGGGCGCCCUGUCCCUGAGAGGCAUGGGGCAGAUGCGCGGGCGGGGCGGCCCCGGGCGGAUCGGACUGCGCAGGGGCAUGAGGCAGCGCGGGGCCCUGGGGGGCCGCGGGGGCGUGCUGGCGGGCCGAGGAGGCGGGGCCGGCCGGGGCGGGAUGGGAGCCAGAGGUCGCGGAGGACUGGGCCUGCGGGGGCGCGGCGGGUUUCGGGGCCGCGGGCGGGGCAGGGGCCGAGGGGUGGGCCGUCCCGCCGUCACCAGGGAGCAGCUGGACAACCAGCUGGACGCCUACAUGUCCAAGACCAAGGGCCACCUGGACGCAGAGCUGGACGCCUACAUGGCCCAGGCUGACCCCGACGGCAUGGAGUGACCUCGCCCCCCAGGGACAGCGGCCACGCCCAUAGAGACUGCGCACGGACACACACACACGGACACACGGACACACACACACACACACGGACACACACACACGGACACACACACACGGACACACACACACGGACACACGGACACACACACACACACACGGACACACACACACGGACACACACACACACACGGACACACACACACGGACACACACACACGGACACACACACACACGGACACACACACACGGACACACACACACACGGACACACACACACACGGACACACACACACACGGACACACACACAGGCCGAUAAUUACUCCGACCAGACGACCUGGCAGUGGUGCAUUCACUGUGACUACGCGGAGGAAUGCAUGUACCGCCAGUUAUGGGACAAGGCCUCCAGCGUUUCCACACACUCAAUCUGCGCUCUGACCAGUGAGACAGACACACACACACACACACACACACUCGCCAAAUCCUACUGUUGUGAAGUCCAGUGAAGAACUGUUUUACAAUCAUCAUUUCUACCAAAAUUAGGGUUUUUGCAGCACCGUUGGGUUUAGACACUCCAAAUGGGUGCGUCACGUGUACACACUGCUGUGGACUUGGAAUGAACAGGGCCUUUCUGGAAAAAUCUAGAUUGGAGGCAACCCAACCGCCUGCUGUUGCCUGGGAGACCCUGAUCUGGAACAAUCUUUUCUGGAGCUCGAGGUUCCGAUGUUGAACUGGCCCUGGCGAUGAAACGAGCCCGCUUCUAACCCCUCCCUCUUCAACCCUCGGACACUUUUUGUUCACACUGUGACUUACGUGACUUAUUUCUUUUCUUUUUUUUAUAAUUUUUUUUGUUGUCCCAGAAAAAGACGAGAAUCUCUGUUAGGGGAAGAAAAUCAUUGAGGGGGGGGAAAAGAGUGUCAAAUCCCUGGCUAAACAGUACUUUUUAAAAAUGUUAUUUAUUUUUUUAAAACACUUGGGUUGCUGCGGCUUUGGUUCCCUCAGUGAUAUGUUAAAGUCCACACGCGUUACUGUCAAGUCUACACAAUUGGAAUGAUGUACGAAGCAAGCAGUGUAUUAUUUUGUGUCCAUUUUGCUUCUAAAUAUGCUUCAAUCAUUUGAGUCCUGACAUGGCGGAAAUUUUGUCGGCCCAUAUGCCCAAUGUUUUUGUUUUGUUUGUUUUUUUUGUUUUUUUGGUUUGUCUGUAUACUUUCCCCCUUAAUGAGGGAAAUCAUCCGAUUUUAUUUUAAAGAUGUCAUUUGCCUUUUUGUUUAUUCUUUUGUCUUCGUAAUCCCUGUUAGAAUUGUUACGAAUGCUAAACUAGACAAAAAAACCCUGUACGAAAGUGAAUGCAAAAAGGGGCGUGAGAUAACGUGUUGUACUCAGAAAGAAUAGAUCGAAACCAUUGUAUUGGUUUAAUAUGGGUCCUGCAUCGUUUAUUAAAGAUAGAUAUUUUAAA